UGAACAAUUAAAUACAGAUCUAUCAAGUGCUCAUGAAAGAUGGAUAUCAUUAGAUGCUGAAUUACUAUUAAAUCGUCAAGGACAAGUCACACGAACAUGUCAUCCAACCGGACAUUCAAUAUUAAUUCGUACUUAUGUUGAAUUACCAUCAGAUUUAACUGAUGAAGAAUCCAAAGAAUUAAGUGAAAAACUUGAAAUUCUUUAUGGUAUUCUUGAUAAAGAAGGUCUUCAAUUACAAGAUGUUACAUUUGAUGAACUUAAUUCACUUUCUACUAUGCCAACUGAUCAACCUGUAAGUAUUUUUUUUUUUGAUUGAUUGAGAAAAAAUCCUAUUUAUCGUCUGUAUAUAUGUGAGUCAAUCAACAGUAGUAUUGCGUGUGAAGAAAACGUCAUUUUUUUUCAUUUUUUUUAUUUGAUUUUCUUAAAAGAAAAUAGUUAACUGACAUAUUUAAUAAUUAAUGUGUAAAAAAUGGAAAAGAAUAUGUGUCGUUUGCAUUUUCUUAAUUGAAUACAUUAGAACUAAAGAGUCAAAUAAAGAAACACAAAAAAAUAAAACAACUUUAUAGAAGAAUUUUUUUGGCAAGAUUAAAUGAUCAAUGUAAGCGAUUUUUUCUUUCUAAUAUUAAUUUUCGUAGACAUAAGGUAAAUAUUAAAUAUAAUAGAUCGAUUUUACUUCUGGCAAUUCGAUGAAUAAUAAAUG